AUGUCCACCUCGAUGCCAGCCACCCACGGCCGCAACGAAGCCCGCUGCAACAUCGCCCCCCGAAGACGUAACAGGCCCCCCACCACCACCACAACGAAAGCCAUAUUCUCCAUCUUCAACAUCUUCGGCUACGUCGACCAGACCCCGCAGGGCGCCUAUACCCUGGCCGCCGGCGGCGGAGGAGGAGGAGGAGGCACGAGCAGCCAGAAACCAGCAUUCGGCCAGAACAGCCCCGUCGACGUGGCGGACAGCCUCCCCGCGUACGUCGAGGCUGUGCACGCCGCGAACCCAGCCAUAAACUCGUGGAUGUUGAUUGGCGGCGGAAAAGUCCCCGAACCGGUGACUUCCAACCCCAGCGAAAACCCCUAUGCCAUUGUCGCGGCCGCCCGCCCGGCGAUGAUCGACCCCGCGGGCGCGGAGAAGAUCUCCGUGGUGCAGGCGUUUGAGGAGAGGCUGAGCGUGCCGCAUCGUUUCGAGAUGUUCGGGGACCAGAUGGAUGGGUGGAUGGCGGCGCGGGCGGAUUUGAGGGAUUUCCGGGUGCGGGAGGAGGAUCUCCGGGGGUAUCGGACGGCAUUUACUCAUCUCCCUGGCUCGGAUGUUGGCGAUUGA